AUGGCGGCCCCUGCGAUACAGCAACAACAGCAGCAGCAGCAGUUGCCGGACACGACGUCCAUCCCCGGCUACAUCAUCCUGCCGGACCCGGACGAGAAUGCGCCCCAGGCCGCUGCGCCGCCGCGGACGGCCGUCCACCCGCUCGACCAGCUCUCGGCCGUGGAAAUCACCACGACGGCCCGCCUCAUCCGCGAGCAUGCCAGCCCCCAGCAGGUCAAGUUCAACUGCAUCACGCUGCGGGAGCCCAAGAAGAACGAGUACGCAGCGUUCCGGUCGCGCGUGGGCCCGCGUCCCGAGCGGCGGGCCUUUGCCAUUGUGCUCGAGCAGGGAGCCACUUCUAGUAGUAGCGUCGCCGAGGUCAUCGUCAACCUGACGCACGGCCGGGUCGAGGACUGGCGGGCGGUUCGCAACGUGGCGCCGACGCUGACGCUCGAGGACCUCGACGUCAUGGAGCGCAUCGCGCGGACCGACGCCCGCGUGGUCGAGGCGUGCGCCGAGAUCGGCAUCACCGACAUGAGCACCGUCUUCUUCGACGCGUGGGCCAUCGGCGUGGACGCGCGCUGGGGCUUCGAGCGCCGCCUGCAGCAGGGGCUGCCGUACUGGCGGGCGUCGCCGAGCGACAACCAGUACGCGCACCCGCUCGACUUUACCGUCGUGGCGGACACGGAGACGGAGGAGGUGCUUGCCGUGGACGUGAGGCGCGUACACGGAGAGCGCACGGCGGUGCCGCCGACGUCGCACAACUACCUCCCCGAGUUCAUCGGCGAGGCCAUGUACCAGCCGCGGCGGCUCAAGCCCAUCGACAUCACGCAGCCCGAGGGCGUGUCGUUUGAGAUGAGGGGCAACGAGAUCCACUGGGCGGGCUACAAGAUGCACAUUGGCUUCAACUACCGCGAGGGCAUCGUGCUGUCCGACGUGCGCUUCGCCGACCCCUGGCAGGGGCACCGCGAGCGCACCCUCUUCAACCGCGUCAGCGUCGUCGAGAUGGUGGUCCCCUACGGGCAUCCCGCGCCGCCGCACCACCGCAAGCACGCCUUCGACGUGGGCGAGUACGGCAGCGGCUUCAUGACCAACUCGCUCAAGCUCGGGUGCGACUGCAAGGGCGCCAUCCACUACCUCGACGCCGUGCUGUCCACCAACAAGGGCCAGGCCGCCGUCAUCAAGAACGCCGUCUGCAUCCACGAGGAGGACAACGGCCUGCUCUACAAGCACACCGACUUCCGCGACGCGAGCGUCGUCUCCGCCCGCGACCGCAAGCUCGUCAUCUCCCAGAUCAUCACCGCCGCCAACUACGAGUACGGCUUCUACCACACCUUUACCCUCGACGGCACCUACAAGCUCGAGAUGAAGCUCACGGGCAUGCUCAACACCUACUGCCUGCACCCGAGCGAGACGGCGGCCCCGUUCGGCACAGAGGUCGCCCCCGGCAUCACCGCGCACAACCACCAGCACAUCUUCUCGCUGCGCGUGGACCCCGAGGUCGACGGGCCCAACAACACCGUCGUCCAGAGCGACGCGGUGCCCUACGAGGCCGACGUGGGCUCCCCCGAGAACCCCUUCGGCAACGGCUUCUACUGCCGCAAGACGCCCCUGCGCACCGCCACCCAGGGCGCCGCCGACUACUGCCACGAGACGAGCCGCGCCUGGGACAUCGUCAACCCCUCGCGCCUCAACCCCUCGGCCAGGCGGCCCGUCGCCUACAAGAUCCUCAACAACAACUGCCCCGCCGCCCUGGCCAAGCCCGGCAGCACCGUCUGGCGCCGCGCCGCCUUUGCCCGCAAGGCCCUCUGGGUCGUCCCCUACCGCGACUACGAGCUCUUCCCCGCGGGCGACUACGUCUGCCAGUCCACCGGCGACGAGGGCCACGAGGGCAACCUGACGGUCCUCGACUGGAGCAACCGCGACGAGAGCAUCGAGGACACCGACAUUGUCUGCUACAUCCAGUUUGGCCUCACCCACUUUCCCCGCACAGAGGACUUUCCCAUCAUGCCCGCCGAGCCCGUGAGCGUCACCCUGCGCGCGAGCAACUUUUUCGAGAAGAACCCCGCCCUGUGGGUGCCGCCCUCGCAGAUUAAAGGUGACGAUGGCUCCUCGCGCAAUGCCUUUUCCGAGACGGGCGGGUCGUGCUGCGGCGGCGGUAGUGGCAAGAAGCUGCCGUCUCACCUGUAG